AUGUUGACAUUUGCAGUAGACCCUGAUGAGGUUGUUCGCAUUUCAUGCUUAACCAAUAUGCGAGGCAAGCGCGGUUUCGAACUGCCUCCAGGAUACUAUGGAAAUGCUUUUGUGGCUCCAGCUUCAAUUACUAAGGCUGGAAUGCUAUGUAAAAAUCCAUUGGAAUUUGCGAUAAGGUUAGUGAAGAAAGCCAAGGCGGAAAUGAGCCAGGAGUACAUUAAAUCAGUGGCAGAUCUUAUGGUCAUCAAGGGCCGGCCCUUAAUUACGCAGCCAGGGAACUAUAUUGUUUCAGAUGUCACGCGUGCAGGGUUUGGAGAGGUCGAUUUCGGGUGGGGGAAGCCCGUCUAUAGUGGGCCUGCUAGGGCUAUAUCUAUUAUUAGCUUGUGUGUGCGGUUCAGGAACAGCAAAGGAGAAGAAGGGAAUGUUAUACCUAUAUGCCUGCCUUCGACAGUCAUGGAAAGGUUUGAACAGGAGCUAAAGAAAAUGACAAAAGAGGAAGAGCCUGUUAGACUUAUUACAUCCAAGCUCUAA